UCUAAGAGGUCUCUGACCUGCCUUGUCUGAUGAGUGAUCAUGAUAGGAUCAGCAGCACCGGCUGUCUGCACACAUGCACCAGCAGCCGCAUUUGCAUCAGGCUCAGGAGGAUUUUAGGCACGCUUGUGUGUUGGGAAUAGAAAAAAAAAAAUAGGAGGAGGGGUGCUGAGGAAGAAAAUAAAGGAAACGGAAGCCAACCCAAAGAGUAAUAGUAGCAAUAGCAGUCUAUCCAACAGCAGCAGCACCAGCACUAGGACCCUCCUCUGAUCACCCCCCCUUGUCCUCAGCUCCCGCAGCAGUAGCUCAGCAGCACUGAGCAGUUAGCAGCAGCUAGGUGACUGUGCUGCCUCCUGUCUAUUCACUCAGUGACUCUAGGGGAACCUAGAGCUGUAGGGACCAUGCACUGCAGUUGCUGCUCUACCAGUGGCAAGUCCCUGGCAAUGUGUGCCACCUCUCCUGGGAUUAUAACAUUCACUACAUGGGUUUUCCUGUUCAGCACUUUUGUUCGGAUGUCUCUGGGAUCUUCAUUCUUGACAGGAUCUGUGGCCAAAUGUGAAAAUGAAGGAGAAACUUUACAGAUUCCAUUUAUCACGGAUAACCCAUGUAUCUCCUGCGUUUGUCUGAACAAUGAAGUGAUCUGCAAACGAGAGAAGUGCCCGGUGCUUUCCAAAGAUUGUGCUUUAGUUAUUAAACAGAGAGGAGCCUGCUGUGAACGCUGUAAAGGCUGCAACUUCCAAGGUAACCUUUACAACAGUUCCAUGAAAUGGCAAGACCCCUCCCAUCCCUGUAUCACCCAGCAAUGUCAGGAAGGCGUUGUUACUGAGUCUGAAGUUCAGUGUCUAGUUCAUUGUAAAAACCCAAUAAAACAAGCAGGGAUGUGCUGUCCAUCAUGUCCAGGCUGCAUAUAUGAAGGACGACAGUAUAAAGAAGGGGAUGUCUUUCAGCCAGAAGGGAACAGAUGCAUUAAGUGUUCCUGCAUCGGAGGCAGGACACAGUGCAUAAAGGAAGUCUGUCCUAUUCUGUCAUGUCCCCAGCAUCUCAGUCACAUUCCUACUGGACAGUGUUGCCCUAAAUGUAUAGGCCAAAGAAAAGUGUUUGACCUCCCUUCUGGCAGCUGUCUUUUUCGAAGUGAUGUCCAUGACAAUCGUUCCAGUUUUAUGUAUGACAGCUGCACUACAUGCACCUGCAGGGACUCCACUAUAGUGUGUAAAAAGAAAUGCUCUCCGCCUGGAACGUGCAACAAGGUCAAGGAUCAUUGCUGUGAUGAAUGUGUCUCCUAUGUUCCUGCAGAAGAUGUAAAAAUCUGCAAAGCUGGGAACAAAAUAUUCAGGGAUGGAGAAAUGUGGUCUUCUGUCAAUUGCACCAUCUGUUCUUGUACUAAAGGCAAGACGGAAUGUCGCAAGAAACAGUGUGUUCCAGUCACCAGCUGCCCUCAUGGCAAAAUACUGAAUAGAAAAGGAUGCUGCCCUAUUUGCACUGAAAAGCCAGGAGUCUGCACUGUAUUUGGGGACCCCCACUACAAUACAUUCGAUGGUCGGACGUUCAAUUUUCAAGGAACAUGUCAAUAUGUUUUAACCAAAGACUGCUCCUCUUCUAUGUCAUCAUUUCAAGUGCUAGUAAAAAAUGAUGCUCGGCGGACUCAUUCCUUUUCAUGGACUAAAUCAGUGGACUUGGUGUUGGAAAACAGUAUUAUCAGCCUUCAGCAACAUCUCACAGUGAAAUGGAAUGGAACACGAAUAUCAUUGCCCUAUGAAACGCCUCAGUUUCACAUAGACUUAGAAGGAUAUCUUCUGAAGGUAACAACUAAAGCAGGUCUUGAAAUUUCCUGGGAUGGAGACAGUUUUGUAGAAGUGAUGGCUGCCCCACACCUUAAAGGAAAACUCUGUGGACUUUGUGGCAAUUAUAAUGGACACAAAAGAGACGAUCUUAUUGGCAGUGAUGGGAAUUUUAAAUUCGAUGUGGAUGAUUUUGGUGAUUCCUGGAGAGUAGAUUCGAAUGAAUUCUGCAGUCGACCACAGAGAAAGACUGUACCUGAAUUGUGCCAAGGGACUGUUAAAGUGAAAUUCCGAGCUCAUCGAGAGUGCCAGAAGCUUAAAUCGUGGGACUUUCAGAACUGCCACUCUACAGUAGAUUAUGCCAUGUUUUAUCGAUCUUGUGUGACAGACAUGUGUGAAUGUCCUGUGCAUAAAAAUUGUUACUGUGAAUCAUUGAUUGCAUACGCAAGAGCCUGCUUACGGGAAGGGGUGACGGUUCACUGGAAACCAGAACAGACCUGUGCAGCAACCCAGUGCAAACACGGAGCAGUUUAUGAUACCUGUGGUCCAGGAUGUCUCAAAACGUGUGAAAAUUGGAACGAAAUUGGUCCAUGCACUCGACCGUGUGUCGCUGGCUGUCAUUGUCCAGCCAACUUAGUACUGCACAGAGGAAAAUGCGUCAAACCAGCUCUUUGCCCGCAGCGGUGACACAAAUCUUUCAACAAGGACUUUAAGGGCUUAUAAUUUUUAAAGCUCUCAGCCAAUGAAGGACUCAACUGUUUGAACAUAGAACUUGUAGAGUUAUACAUGCUCCCACAUUCACGGACACACACAAUUAAUAUAAAUAUGAUAUAUAAAUACAAAACUAUACAUUGUUUAUAUAAAAGAAAGACAAAUUAUUAUAUGUAUAUUUUUUGCUAUAAGGUAUUAUGUAUUAUUUUCUAGGAUUUUUUUUUCUUUAAGCUAUUGAGCAAUUGUAUAAAUAAAACAGAUGUUUUUAAUUUAAAAUGGUGGCAUAAAAUAUAUCAGAAGGC